GUAAAGCAGCAACUAGUUUUUCUAGUUAUUCCUUUCCCUCUCGAUAUUACAUGUCAGUAAAUAAAAUAAUGAUUCCAUUAAAUCAUAUACAAGCUCAUUUUAUAGAUUUUAUAUUUUUUAUCUAUAUGAUAUGAAGUAUUUCCUGUGCUGUUAUAUAAUUAAAAUGACUAACAGUUGAAAAAUGUAUAUGUACUAUUGGUUUGGAACCAAAUUACAAAAUUUUUUAUUUUAUGGGUACAAUAUAAUCACCACGUAUGGUUUGAUAUCAACAUGUUUGGGUUUAUCAGCUUUAGCAAUAUUAUAUGAAGCUAUGAAAUUAAUACAAAUUAGAUUACAAGAAAUUACCAAAGAACAUAACCAAGUAACAAAACCAACGCAAAACAUGGAUAGUUCUUCUUUAAUAUCGGAAACGUCUGAUAAAACUAUAAAAGCUUAUAGUUUAUCGCAUUGUUGUACAUGGAUGAAAUGGAUUUUAGAACUUUUUCAUCGAUGUAUUCACGUUAUGUUAGGAUAUUUCCUCAUGCUCGCAAUAAUGACAUUCAAUGGAUAUAUAAAUGUUGCGAUUGUAUUGGGCAGCGGCAUAGGCUACUAUAUUUUUGGUCUUAUACUACUGAAAAUAAAUCUUGCAAAGAUUAAAAAACAUCAUAGAUUAGCUCAGUGUAAUCCAGUAUGUGCAGAUGCAAUAAUCAGUGAUAGAAGAGAAUCAGCAAUAUCAAUAAUUUCAGAAAAUGUAGAACCAGAAUCUAAUGUUAAUAUUGAUGUUGACGUUCACAUUAAAGCUGAAUCUUAAAAUUCAGAUUUUUAAUUAAAUAUGAAACAAUUUGUGAUAUACUUUUUAUAUAAUAGAUAUAAU